AAAGAGAGGAGGAGGAAGGAAACUCCCCGGAUGUUGCCGAACCUGAAGACCGGCUCGGAACUUUCCAGAAAAGUCUGGGACGUCUCUUCGGUCAGAAAGAGAGAGAAGGCGAAGGUUUGAGACGGCGGCUGAAAGGAGACAGUAGGGUUGCCUUAAGCAGAAAGGAAAACGAGAUAAUAGGUACACCAUGGUGAAGGAGACCACAUACUACGAUGUGCUUGGGGUAAAGCCCAAUGCUUCCCAAGAGGAACUGAAAAAAGCUUAUAGGAAACUGGCAUUGAAAUAUCAUCCUGAUAAAAAUCCUAAUGAAGGUGAAAAGUUCAAACAGAUUUCUCAAGCUUAUGAAGUCCUCUCUGAUUCCAAGAAAAGAGAGUUGUAUGAUAAAGGUGGUGAACAAGCCAUUAAAGAGGGUGGUACUGGAAGCAGCUUUGGAUCACCCAUGGAUAUAUUUGAUAUGUUCUUUGGAGGAGGUGGGAGAAUGCAAAGAGAGAGGAGAGGCAAAAAUGUUGUUCAUCAGUUGUCAGUAACUUUAGAAGAUCUGUACAAUGGAGCCACACGAAAACUUGCUCUACAAAAGAAUGUGAUUUGUGACAAAUGCGAAGGCCGAGGUGGCAAGAAGGGUGCAGUGGAGUGCUGCCUUAAUUGCAGAGGAACAGGCAUGCAAAUAAGGAUUCACCAAAUAGGGCCUGGAAUGGUUCAGCAAAUCCAGUCUGUGUGUAUGGAAUGCCAGGGCCAUGGGGAGCGCAUCAGUCCCAAGGACAGAUGUAAAAGCUGCAAUGGAAGGAAGAUUGUUAGAGAGAAGAAAAUUCUUGAAGUUCACAUUGAUAAAGGAAUGAAAGAUGGCCAGAAGAUAACUUUCCAUGGUGAAGGUGACCAGGAACCAGGCUUGGAGCCAGGAGAUAUCAUUAUUGUCUUGGAUCAAAAGGACCAUUCUAUGUUUACAAGACGAAAUGAAGACCUGGUCAUGUCCAUGGAUUUACAACUAGUUGAGGCACUAUGCGGUUUUCAAAAACCAAUUACAAUGCUAGAUAAUCGAACUAUAAGCAUCAAUUCUCAUCCUGGUCAGAUUGUUAAACAUGGAGAUAUUAAAUGUGUACUGAAUGAGGGAAUGCCAUUCUAUCGCAGGCCAUAUGAAAAAGGUCGUCUGAUCAUUGAGUUUAAGGUGAUCUUUCCAGAUAAUGGCUUCAUUUCCUCUGAUAAGUUAUGCCUGUUAGAAAAGCUGCUACCUCCAAGGCAAGAAGUGGAGGAAACUGAAGAUAUGGAACAGGUAGAGUUGAUGGACUUUGACCCAUCCCAGGAAAGAAGACACCAUUACAAUGGAGAAGCCUAUGAAGAUGAUGAGCACCAACCCAGAGGUGGUGUCCAGUGCCAGACAUCUUAAAAUGACCUGAUGAUUUUCCUUGUGCUGCUUGUCCUGUAUGUCAGUUGUGGAUGAGUGAAGGACUAAAGUUGCUAAACUCUCAAACUUGCCAUUGUCCCUGUAAUAUUUAAACUUAGUUGUUUUUAAAUCAAGUUAACAAACUUAAAAUCAGUAAACUACACUUUAAUCAAAUUGGAAUGAUGUUCCUAUUUCCAUAUGGCCUAAAGAAACCAGAAGCCAAUUUGCUCUGGCCUUUUUAUUUUGUGCAUCAUAAGUGUAUUGUGUGCAGAUGCACUGGCUUAGUAUUCAGUGAUUUCUGUUUAGUAUUAUAAAUUAUAUUCCUCUUAAGUAUGCACAUGUAUUUAUGAUUCAUGUUUAAAAUGUGAAAUUAAAGUUUUGUAUUCAUCAGCUUCUAGAUACAUUGGUGUGCUUUGAAUGUAUUGUGGCUGGUUGAGACUUGACAAAGCACCUGCAUGGCACUGUACCUUCCUCACCUGGAGAGUAAAGCCCUGUCCCGUCCCACCCCUAGUUUUAGCUAGAACACUGUGCAAAAUUCCUCUGUUUAUGUUAUGCAGGGUCUUAGCUUGACUAAUUGGUAAGGAGUUGAAAAUGCAACCUGUAAUAGAACUUGUGUAAAAUGAGAACCACAUGUGAAAAAUUUGUGAAUAGGAAAUACUUUGCAUUUUAAAACUAGGACAGUCACGCAACUGAGAAGUAACAUAUUAGUAAAGGUACAAAACUAUUGUACGUUUAGUGGAAGUCUUGACUAUUUGAGCUUAUGUAAGUAGGUUUCAGUGAUCCUGUUAAGGACAUUCAGUUUUUUGGACUACAUGAAUAGCUGCAGAAAGCCCUUUUCUAAAAUUGUGUGACUCACGAAUGAAUUGGUCACAAUAAUUUUAGGGGUUGUGUGUGUCUACUUGGUUUUUGAAAAGGGCUACCUCUACCAUUGGCCAUUUCAAAAUGUUAGUUUGUAUUGUAACUUCAUCUCCUAGCUGGACCUCAGUAAUUGCAGGAAGGCUUAAUAACUUAUUCAAGUGCCUCUUCUAGGACUAAAAAUGUACUUAAGGUGACACUUGACCUUUUUCUAAAAAAUCCCAUGUUAAUAUUUGAUAGGCAAGCCCAGCUGUAGCGCUUAUGCUAUGCAUAUAGAGCAAAUGGGCUAACAAAUACGGCAUUCGAGUGCUCUGCCGUUUCAGCACAGGUCUUGUCCAUUUGAGGUUUUAACAUAUGGCUUCUCCCCAGGGUUUUAAGUUGUAUAGCAGUUUAUUAUGAUCCUUAUGAUAAGGAUGAUUUAGCUGAAUCAAGAAUGUGACUUGACAAAUGCUUGCGUAUUGUACUCCAACUUGAGUUUCAACCCAUGGGGGCAAAUAAUAAACACUAUCUUCUGACA